AUGGACGAGGCCCUCGCAGAAGUCGGGGACAAGUCGUGGUAUCUGCGGCAGCUAGAACAAGCGCAAGUUUUCCGUGCAAAUGACGAUUGCUCACUGAGUAUUCAGAGACUCAUGAGUCAGGCGUGUCGUCCUCUGCACGAGGUGAAGUCCACUGUGGCUGUUUUGCUAGAUGCCCAAUUUGCUGUUCCAGAAUGCGGGAAAGCAAGCUCCUUGUGCAAGCUAGCGUCCGAGGGCAAGUUGGACGAGUUUCCGUAUGAGAUUCGUUUCUUGGUGGACAUCAUCGUGAAUACUCUCGGCGACGGCUUCAUCGAUGUCCUCAAGGUUGUCUACUUUGAAAAGCCCGUCCCUCGAAACAUCGUCAUGAAGGUUUGUGCUGGCGAUGCCUACGUUCCCCAGAAAACAGCUGAGACUCUGGAGCCGUCUGACUCCAAGUCUUCCUGGAAUCCUGAGAACGACAUCCUGUCGGAGGGGAUCAAAUUCAUCAACUCGCAGGCUCCUGACUGCGAUUCCAGGAACGAACAGACGUACUGGAUCAUGGCUUCUAUCAAGCCCGAGUCCGGGACCCCCAUUGCAGGGUGGCCUGAGACGAAGGUGCGUCUCAUGGCUCAGAACAAGAGCCGUGGGGUCAGAGGGGCAGUUCCCAUGAACGAAUUUCCACUGCACAGUCUUUCCUUGAAAGAACCCCUGUGGGAGCGCAUCCUUCCGUGGGUAUACCCUCUACUCAUGACGUCCGCCAUGAUGAUUUUCGGUUGCGCAGGGGCAGGCAAGACCCCCACCAUGAUCGUUCUGGCGAUGGCUAUGGGCCGCUACCAUGUGCGGCGACUUAACUUGGUGGGAGUCCAGCCAGGAUGGCGAAGAGCUAAAUCCUUGGAUAAUUUCAGGCAGCGGAUGCCGCAAAUCCAGGAGGGCCUCUUCCUGGAUGACCCGACCAGGCGCAAGCUCGAUAUAUCCGACCUCAAGAGCUUCGUGACAGCGGACGAGGAUCAGACCACAGAGGGCAGGUAUGAUGACGCCAAGCAGCUCCGAAAUCAAUUUCGAGGCAUUGCGUCAAACGAAAUCGGGGAUGACCCCGCACCAAGUGAGCACACGGAGACUACGCUAACCCAUGACGCUUUCAUGAAGGUCAUCAAGCCAUUCUUCGAGGGCGACCUGGAAAAGGACGUAAUGGCGGUCUUGAAACGGUCGGUUAUCUUCGUGCUGUGUGAGACUGCACUGUAUCUUCGCCUCCCAAGUGAGAAAAAGAGUGGAAUGAUCCAUCGCAUCUGCAUCCAGGACAUUCACUCAGACAUGCUCGCUGAUGACGACAAACCACUCUACGGGCAAUACAAGACGGGGGUGACCAUCCUCGGCGAGAACUUUCGUCGUGGUGUAGAACGAGAGCAGGCACUGAUCGAUGCCAGCAUGGAGAAGUUGGCCACAUUCAGGAAGAAAGAAGACUUUGUUGCCCACGCUGAUCAUGAGCUACAACAGUGGCUGAUGCCACGAAGGGUUCUGCCGUCAUCGUCUUCCUCAAGCGAGGCCGAUGUCCCGCCAACCGUGCCCUUCUCAGUUCAGCUUGCCAGCCCCACGCAGCCCAGGCGAAGAUUGUUGAGCUCUUCUGCCUUUGUGUAUCCUACUCCAGGCCGGCGAGUGCGACAAAAACAGUCACAGCCGCAGCCCGCAGAGGAGAUUGAGCAAGUGCACAACCCAGUGCAUGAGACUGAACAGCCAUCGCAGGAGAUUCAGCAAGUGCCCAGUCCCGUGGAUACGACGGAACAGUCACAGCCCGUCCAGGAGACUGAGGAGGUGCGCAGCCCCGAGGAUAAGAUGGACGUCAUGGAUCCGGACGAAGAGGCUGCUGCCUAUAUGCAUGUGUGA